CGGAACAUUGGAAACCGCCGGGCUUGCAUUUUACUCAAAAUUCUAGGGCUGCUGUGGAAUCCCGCGCAAGAAGAGUUACUUUGAAAGAAUGUCCGACAAUGAGAUGGAGGUGGAGGAGCAGCAGGAGCAGGAGGAGCAGCAGGCGGGGCCCAGCAAGCGUGGCAACAAGUCGGGCAAACGAUUUGAGAUUAAGAAGUGGAACGCCGUUGCCAUGUGGAGCUGGGCUAUUUGCACAGACACGUGUGCUAUCUGUCGCAACAACCUUUAUGAGCCAAGCAUCGAGUAUCAAGCGAACCCGACGGGAGACCCGGACCACCCCGGCCUCAGCAUUGCGUGGGGCUGCUGUGGUCACGUCUUCCACCUGGACUGCAUUCAGCGAUGGUUGAAAACACGUAGUGCCUGCCCCCUCUGCAACAAGGAGUGGGAGUUCGCAAAGAUCGAAAAAAUCCUUCCCGGUGGAGGAAUGGUGGGCUUGGAGUAGAGCACUCUGUAGUGGGGGUUGGGCAGGGAUUUCUAAUGCACGGCACUGUACGCAGACGGAACCCUUUAUCGAACAAGAUUUCGCCUUGAGGGUUUGAAAAGGUUUUGCUUCCUGUAUAUUCGUUCCCGGCGGGUCUUCAGCAGCGAUGUACGUGAGGGAUGGCUACCCAUCUGCAGCUCCUAUCCGCCCAAGCUUGAAGCCUGCAGACCUGGGGGUAUCGCGUCGUCCCAGUGGUUUACGUCCGUGGAUGCUGGAUUACUCCAGAGCACGUCGCUCCCUAAUGGGGACCUUCAUACAUGGAGAACGCAAACAGACGGAGUAACUGACCCUGUCCUGCCAUUGGACUUAAGCGGCCUACAGUAAAGCCCAGGGGUUUUCCUGCGUUGGGAUAUUGUGGCCGUCCUUUCCAAGUUCUGGGGCGCUGGGGUUGCACAGCAGGGGGAUGAAGUGUUGGCGGCGUUUGCAUGCUUGCAUGAUGAAGCAGGAUGCUGGAUGACCGGAGUGAGCAUCGCUCCCGCUUUAACAUGGCUCGGUUUCAGGACGGCUAAGGCUUCGUGCAAGGCAGCCGGGAGGCUGAGGGGAGCCUGUGGGCCGCAGAAUGCUGCAAGUCAGUGUUGCUUAACUCGAGGCUUAACUGAGGACCAUGAGAUCUUAGUCCCGGUCAGUCGGAUGGAUUUUCAAGGCGACCAUGUGCCGCAGCUGUGCAGUCAUCAGGAGGUGGGUCUAUAACCCUAUUAGCCGAGUAGGUAUUGAAGCAGCAAUAGCUGCGGCAGCAGUCUUGAUGGGAUAAAGCCGUCAUUCUGUACAGCCCACAAGCUGUAGAAUAGGACCUGUUCAGGCUGCGUGUGAGGGCAGUAAUUAGAAGCAGCGGCUUCAGGAUGUACGGACUUAUGUGUCCCCUGUGCUGGGCUUCCUUCCGUUUGUGGAAUGAAGAGUGUCUUGGUUGGUUAAUCGCCAGGCUGCUCAGAUUGAGAAGCAUGUAGAAAGCGGUUUUGUAACGCUUGAAAGUU